AUGACAAAACUACUAGUUGUAUUUGGGGCCACUGGAAACCAAGGUGGCUCGGUGAUCAGGACAGUUCUAGGGACAAAGGAAUUAUCCACUACCUACAAGGUAAGGGCUGUCACCAGAGAUUCUACCAAACCUGCUGCUUUGAAACUGAAGGAGCUAGGCGCUGAAGUGGUCGAGGCAGAUUAUAAUGACCAGCCCGCCAUCUCAAAAGCUCUUUAUGGAGCUGACACUGUGUUUGCUGUGACCAUGACUGGCUUUGAAACCAUCGGGUCUCUCACAAUUGAGUACGAACAAGGCAAACUAAUUGCAGAUGAGAGUGUGAAGGCGGGUGCCCGCUAUCUGAUUUGGAGUACCUCAGUUGAUGUUGAAAGGGCCACCAACGGGCAGCUGUCAGUCCCACAUUUCCAGGUUAAAUACAAUGUUGAAAAAUACAUCAGAGGAUUACCAAUCAAGUCUGCAUUCUUCAGCCCAGGCACUUUCAUGUCCAACUUCACCUCUAUGAUGAGAUACACCAAACAAGAGGACGGCUCCUACACUACUCCUGUUAUCUUCGACCCGGAAACUCGUCUUCCACUGCUCAACGUUGAAGAAUCGGGCAAGUUUGUUGCACCUAUUCUUUUAGACCAAGCGAAAUGGGAGGGAAAAAUCAUUCCAGGUGCAACAAAGUUUUACUCAACGACUGAGAUUUCAGAAGCAAUUUCCAGAAGCACCGGAAAAAAGGUUAUCUUUCAAAAGGUUCAGGACGAAGUUAUUGGUUCAUUUCUUCCAAAAGAAAUGCUUGCUAUGUAUAAAUUGCAGAAUGAUUUCGGAUACUUUGGUUUUAAGGGGGCCAAGGCUGAAGAAUGGAUCGAUGAAUCUGCAGAGCAAGCUGUGGGAGAGCUUACGACUUUCGAUAAGUUCCUCAAGACGAAUGCUCCUAAGCUGGAGUGA